UGUGCAAAAGGCGCUAGAUCUGUGUUGGAUUCACACAUUCUCUUUUCCACACUUGACAGGUGACAGAAAAUGACUUGAGGCAGUUUGACUCCUUGAUCACAGCCAGAAUGGUUUCUCACAGAUCCACCAAAGGCGCAUCCAAAGCCCGGCGGGAUCACAUCAACCGCGAGAUCAGGAAUUUGCGCUCACUGCUGCCCAUCAGCCAGAAGGACCAGGAGCGUCUCUCCUACUUGCACUCCAUGGCUGCCAUCUGCACAUACAUCAGGAAGUCUGUCCUCCUCCAGGGAGUUCCAGCCGAGGAGAGACCUCACUGCUCCCUGCCGUACGAGGCCUUCCUUCAGGCUCUGCAUGGCUUCAUCCUGGUCACGACCUCCCAGGGCAGGCUCGUAUAUGUGUCGGAAAAUGUCUCAGACUACACUGGAAUUUCUAUGGUAAAUGUGCUUCAGGGAGACACACUGUAUGAUAUGGUAGAACGUUCUGACAUUGAGAUUGUUAAGUCACACCUGGACAUCAAAAACAACCCAUCGUCAGAGAGGAGCUUUGUAUGUUGUCUGCAAACCUCCAAAGCCUUCAAGCUGCAACAUGGCAGCUGCUACUCGGUGCUGGUCAAAGGAAGCUUCCGAUCUGUCCCUGAGUUCUGCCCGUCCUCCUCAGCCUGUCCCACCAACCAGCCUCUCUUCGUGGCCCUCUGUACGCCAACUGUUAACCGCCUCAAUGCCGCCGAGUCCCACUUCUGUCCCAGCUUCAGCAGUGUGCACAAGCUCGAUAUGAGCUUCACUCAGCUGUCAGACAGUGUGUUAUAUUUUCUGGGGUAUUCAGCUGAAGAAAUGACAGGUCGAUUGUGGUACAGUUUUGUCCAUCCUGAAGAUCUUUCCUCAUGUGCAGAUUCUCAUAAAAGUCUAAUUCAGGCUGAUGAGGGCUUCUACGUGGAAAUGGUGCUCAGACUCCAGUGCAAGGAUCUGUCUUGGACGUGGCUCUACAUCCAAGCUCUGAAGGACUCUGAGGGUCGAGGUAUCAGCUGCACAAACUACAUCAUCAGUGAAGCUGAGGCCAGAUUUCUACAGAAAAACAUCUGCAGUAAUACCAAAUCAUCAUCUUGGAUGCAUUCCAGCUCCUUUGCAGCUCUGCAAGUGCCACAGACACUGAGAUUUAAAAGGUUGUCGGACAGCUUCAGCGAGGAGCUGGAUGCCCGAACAAGGCGGGACUCAGACCAAGAUUUAUACCAGGUGGCGCCCGCCUCAUCACAGGGUGACAGUUCACCUGCAUCCGUGGCUGAUAGUCCGACUGUCUUCACCCUUUCCUGCUCUUCCAGCUCCCCUCUGCAGGGGGAGGAGCUCAGUCAUGACCUCCUGAUGGAUGUGGAAGGAUACACGGACCAGCUGUUGUCCUCCCCCGAGUGCUCCCCCUCCUAUUUCUGCUACCCCGAGGCUGUGCUCGCUCCUCAGCAGUCACCCUCAGGCUCCCUCCCCGCAGCCGCUCAGCAAACAUUUGAGCAUGAAGCCUUUCAAACAGGCAGCGAACACUCUGCGCUCUCCUCCUCAUCUCCAACAUAUGAUUUCCAAGCUAGCGCAUCAAUUGCUCAAUUAGUUCCAGACGACCUGUCUGUGUCCGACGUGUGCAGGAGCCCAGCCGAUCGUGCCUUGCAUCAAGAUAACUUCAGCCUCCUCGAGCAACCACAAGGAAGCGGUGUUUUCCAUGAGCAGCAUGUUCCUGAUGAUGCAUUCUCCAUGCAUGCCCUUCUUCUUACACCCAACCCAUCGCCCACAUCACUGGAGUCUGAUCACUACCGAGAACAGGCCGAGAUCAGUAUUCUGGCUCAGCAGAUCAUCUCCUUGGCAAACAAUUUUAACAAGUACCGCUCCCUCAGCUCGCUUGGGGAUACAAACACAGCAGAGGCCCUGCCCGCCAUGUGUCGCUGGCCUCCUCCCUCCUCAGCCUGUCCUCUGAAAGAGGAGCUGCUCUUGGAUGACUACAUGUGCGACAGUAUCCUGAAAGACCUGGAUGCGGUCACGAGUAAACCCGCCGUAGUUUCCUACCAGGAGAACUUUAUGUGCAGCAGGCUCGGGUCUAAUCAGGACACCGUGGGUCCAAACCUGACCAGCCCAGAGGACUCCACGGGGCAGUUCACUGCAGAAAGUAUCCAUCUGGAUCCCUUCAACAUGCAGUGGGGACGCCACGACCAAAACACUGGGCUGCAUCAACUCAGCCACUACAUGCAGAGUUCAUCCACGUGACUCCUGUCAGCUGGCGAGAUCACAAAUGUUUGAUCACACAACAAAACAUGUUCGAUUC